ACGCAUUAUAUUGGUUCAUAGAGAUCCCUAUAAUAUGCAAAAGAUAUUUGAGACGCGGAUAUAUUUGUGGGUAGGUAUGAAGGUGUCAUAUUAAAUAAAUAUUUGGGUGUAUAAAUAAUUAUUUAAUUAAAAUAACUAUAUUUUCUAAUAACCAAAAUGUUUAAAUUUCCUUACAUUAUAGUCUGUUCCACCAUAAACAUUUUUUGUUUCUCUAAAAUUUUGUGACAUUUCGUUUUGUGGUAUUGACAAUUAUGUGCUUAUGGUUUUUCUAUUUUCUUGUAUACAUUAAUAAUUCGUUUUUAUAUGCAUUUCUAGUUUGUGUUUCUAUUACUACAUUUUAAAAAUCUUCUAAUCUUCAAUUAAUAAAUUAAUAAAUAUUUCAGAUUCUUCAAAUAAAGUUGCUUAAGAUUGUUUUAAAAUAUAUGAAUUAUUUCUGUUUCGGAAGCUUCAACAAUGUGAAGAAAACGAAAGGAUUUUCAAUUGGGCGUAGGGGUAGUGCUAAUGCGAUUUGGAUUGCUUGAUAACGCAUAAAAAGACAAUAACUCAUAAGAAAAAGUGGUUGUGAUCCAAAAAGCUGAAAGUAAAAAAACAUUUUGAUUAAAAAUGUUUAACGAUGUUCACCUUGCACGCGUUAGUAAAAUUCAACGCAGUGCGGACGUGGCUAAAGGUCCUACUGACUCAAAAUCUGUCGGUCGACGCUUUACUACACGCAGCACCAAGGAAGUUCAUUUGGAAAAUAAUAUCACGGACGUGGUAUAUGUUAGUAACAACUUACUUAGGGCGGGUGAUAUUGUCGUUACCAAGGAAAUUGAAUCACCCGAUCACACUCAACGCGACAACAAUGAAAGUGAUAAUAACAUUAGCUCCUGUUCCACACUGGAUAUCGGAAAGGUGGAAAAUCUAUCACUUCAACAGUUGGAAUCUCAAGUGCGAGAUCUAGUGCAUCGUCUCCAAAUAUCUGAACAACAACGAGCAGAUUUGCAACAUAAAUUGGAGGAAUGCAACGGAGAAAAAGAUUUGUGCCUGCGUCGUUUAGAAGUUGUCAGUGCAGCACAUGAAUGUCGCAUAACAGAAAUGCACUGCGUCAUCGCUGAAUUAAGUAAGAAAUUAAGAGCUAAACAAGAAGCCGUAAUAUUAGAGGAGAACGAGCCUGAUGAGAGUGAACUGAGUUAUCAAGAAGAUGUGUCUGUUUACAAUUCCGAGUUAAAUUUGACCAACCCCGAUGCUGAAUGUCAAACUGAUAUAGUUGAAAGUGGAGCAGAAAAGUCAAACUGUAAAAGUCAUAGCACUGGUGAUAAUGUCCAUUGCAUAGAUUUAACAGACCAAUAUCGAAUUAAUGAGGCGGUUAGCAAAGGACAAGUGGAGGCACUUCAAGAAGAGAUUCUACACUUAAAAGCCCAAAUUGCCCUACUACAGUCAGAAAUUGCAAAUAACGAAAUCUCACCACAGGAGCAAAAACAAAGUACUGAACAUUUUCCCACAACGAUUGUUAGUGAAGACAAAAAUAGUGAAUGUGAUGUCGAAAAGAUGACCCAAUCCGUUUUUGUAACACCUCUAAAGCCGUAUGAGUUGUUAUCAAGUCCCCAAGUCCCACCAACUGUAGCGAAAAUAGCUGAACGUGUAAAAUUAAAAUGUGGAAGCAGGCCAAUGCCCCCCAAACUGGAGUCAAACAUUCCUAAUACUGAAAUGCAGGACGAUGAUAUAGUUGAGCAUUUGGUGUUAGACUCCAAGCAGUAUGAGCAGGGCAUGGCGAAUAGUUACUCCGAAAUAUCUCAAACGGACACAGAAAUGCAGCGACUACAACGAAAAGUUGAGCACCUAAAAAUGCGGAACACAAUUCUCUCCCUCACGCUAGACGAGUGUAAGGAACACUGCGAACACCUGUAUUUACUUUGUGGCAAAUACGAAUCUAAUGCGAUAGCUCUGCAAACGGCAGUCAAUUGCAGUGAUCGUGCAAUAGAAGCUUACGAUGUUAUGUUGGCACUCCUGGAGAGCAAAUUAGCAUUAAUGUCAGAAAAAUCUCAUAGUGCCGAAGAGAGCAGAAGAGCUGUAGAGACAGUGGCACGACACUUAUUAGACCGCUUAGAAAGUGAGAAGAACAUUUGUGAGAAUAGCUUGGGGCCUUGGCAGUCAACAUUCAGCAUUCCGGAUAAAGUGUGCACACCAUGGACUAUAGAUGAUGACAACCGCUUGCGAUAUCACGUUUCCAAAUUGAAAGGACGUCGAUCAACAGUACAAAAUACAAUAGUCAAUUUGGAGUCACCAUUUAGCGACUUGUAUGAAAAAUCGCGCUUAGCCAUCGAAAGUGGGAAAGGAAAAGUUAGCAACACAAAAUUUGAUCUCGAAACGGCUGUAAUGAUGCAAGAGUUAUUGAAUUUGCGAGAGGAAAAUAUCACAUUGAAAUCAAAGAUCGAGUCAACGGAAGCAGAAAAACGUAUUGCCAACGAACGCAAUAGCUCGCUCGAAGAAGCCUUGCAACAAUUGCAACUUCAAUUGCAAUUGCAACUACAAAUUACUACAGAUACAAGUAGCGCACUUUUUCAUCGUGAACAGAUCGCUGAAAAUAGAGUAUCGUAUUCCGAGUCGGAGCAUGUCGCACUUACAGAACAACAAUUGGUCGAGGCAUUAACACGCGAAUCAGAGCUUAAAAGUCGCAUACAAACGUUAAUUGCAUCCGUUACGGCUUCACAACUUAAUGCAGAUGAACGACACGUCCAGCUUCAAAAUAAUAUUCAGGAUUUGCAAAAAUCAAAUUUAAACCUAACGCAACUUUUGGAGCAAAACAAACGCAGAUAUCAAGCACGCGUACGCAGAUUAGAACAGAGAAUUGUGGAAAUGUCAUUUGGCGCGGAUAAGAAAUUUAGUGAAGAAAAAUGUAUUACCAAUGAUAAUUGUAUUGGUCCUGACAAUUUCACUAAUAAUACUAAAGCUCAGCAGCCUCAACGCUUAAAAUCAAAAAACUCAGAGGAACUAUCACAGACGUAUGAGUCACAACUACAAAUACAAGAUAUCGUGCCUGAGACUACUCUUUAGAAUAAUAAAUAGCGGAACUAUGUUCACAACAGCAAAUACAAUACAAUUAAGUUCAGUUUCCUAUUAUUCUAGCCUACCAUAUGCCAAAUUCACUUAAAAUUUUUAAUUAAUCUAAUCCAUUCGAAUGUGCCAUUUAUCGAUUGAUUUACCGCUUGGCUUAGCUAAUCGGGCGCCUUUGUGCAAGUAUGCAAUAUUUAAUUAAUUGUGCAUUAAUUACAAAUGCACAUUUCUGCAUCACUUAUACAUAUAAAGUAUUGCGGUAUCAUAAUUAAUUAUAUAUAUUCCCAUAAAUAUACCUAAUAUAUAUAUAUUAUAUACGUAUGCGUAAGUAUGUUUUGAUUACACAUUGCUUGUUAAUAUAUUACUAUUGUACAAAAUGCGCUAAAAUAAAUUAUAAAAAUUGAAAUAUAAA